ACAGGACUCGUCACUCCACGUGCCUUGACGGUGGUGUGAGUCACAUGGUGCUGCCUGGCGGAGGGAGCUGAUGGAGCCAGAUGAGGGAGGCAGGAGGCGAGCCCCUCCGGUUGCGCGUCAGCAUCCCCUCAAAUAGGAAUCUGCUGCUGUCACUUCUGCUCCACAUUCCGAGAGGCGAUCCACCGAAGCCCCCCCCAGGAAACCACAACUCAAGCCCAACUCCGUCUGGCGUGCAGCUGAUUUUUUUUUUUCUAAUCUAGUAUUUUGCAUGUGAUGGCCAAGGAAGAAGAGUAAGGGGCGGAUGAGAGGAGGCUGGAGCUCUUCUCCAAAGAAUGACAGUGAGGACCAGGGCGCGCUGUCCCGGGAGAACUCAUCCGAAGAGCUGGCACCGAGACACCGGGAUGCUCCUGUGACGCACCGGCGGGGGGGUGGGUGGACCGGUUUUCCUGAGCAGACGGUGUGUGUGGCAGAGUUUCAGCUCGAGUGGAAGUGACUGAGUGACUGAGUGACUGAGUGAGUGGCUGUCAUGGAUGACAGGGGAAAAGAUGCCGAGGAACCUCCCUACCAGAACCUGCUUCUCCUGGGAGCCAUUGCGGCAGCGUCUGCCUUCGUGGUCACCAUCCUGAUUGUCCUCGUCUGCGUUGGCUGCCAAAGAAAAAGCAAGACCAAGCACCCUCCAGCCGGAGAGAAAGGGACAUCUGUAAAUAUGCAGGGCACACUUCGCCAUCCCAAACUGAACUCCAUGAGCAAAUCGGACACCAGGCUGCACGAGAUCAAUCGCUUUCCCUGCAAUGGAAACUCUGUUGGUAAGAGCCGUCCAGCCAGUAUGGACCUCCUGCUCCUCCACAGUCGCUGCUCCCAGACAGACCUGAGGCCCUCCCAUGGGCGCCAGCUACCCCAGAUCCCCACCAGUCCCCAGGGAUCUGGCCACGGGGAGGGAGGGGAGACGGGAGGAGAAGCGGGAGGAGGAGGAGGUGUAGGAGGGUCAGGAGUAGUGGAGGCCAGAGACCACACAUAUACCGAGGUGGGCCUGCGCAACAACCCCACCCCGACCCACGGCCUGGACGAUGGCCUGUACGAAAGUGUAGGCGUCCGGGAGGGGGACACGGGCCCCAAGGUGCCCUCCGCCCCGCCGUCCACAUCAUCCAACACGCCAGCUUUAGUCAGGGCUGCCCAGAGCCCGCCAGCUCAUUCCAACGGAGGCCGCAAUGGAAACGGGCAUGGGAACGUAUGUAUAUACACACAGAUCCAACACUUGCUUUAUACCUUCAAAUGCAAUGGAACAUACAGACCCAGUCAACUCUGGACACAUGUUCGACAAGUAUUAGCUGCAGAGGCAGUUGAUGAAAUUAUAAUAAUAAACAGAUAUAUUUUUUUGCUCACAGGGAGGCAGGGGAACGGCAGGGGGAACGGCAGGGGGAACGGCAGAGGGAACGGCAGAGGGAACGGCAGGGGCAAUGGCACCAUUAAUGGUCCGGUGAAUGGAAGAGGCAAUGGGGUGAGCGCCGUCACUAGUUCCCCUCUGUCUUCUGUUAAAUCCCUGGCCAUUCAAGAACCGACUGCAGCCGAGUACGCGUCCAUACGCAAGUUCAAACAGGUUGACAAGACGAGCAGGAAGGAAAACAACGGGGCCGACAGCCAGUCAGACAGCCAGUCGAGCGUGAGUGAUUCACCCUCCGCCGCUCCUCCUCCCCUGCACCGCAGUCAGGAGUUUCCACGCAAGCCGCUGGAGCCGUUCCACCUGCACUCCUUCCCAAAGGAGGCCGUGUUCAUGGGCAACGGGGAGCAGUACAUCUGGAAGCCUCCAGAGGACGAUGACAUCAUCACCUUGCACCCACCUCCACUCCGUGGCGAGAACGGACAGGGGCACCCAUCUCCCCCAACUGCAAAGGAGAUUGCAGACACUUACUCCAUCGUGUGUAAAUCCCAGAAGAAGAAAGCUCCUAUGGAAAACAACGGAGCUAAGACCCUCCCGCGCUCCUUCGGUGGGGAUAGGGGAAACCGGGGUCGAGGCAGAGGAGUCCAGGGGCCGGCACGUUCCCAAGAGGAGCCCUGCUAUGAGUCGGUUGGAGACAGGUCCUGGUCCACAUGCGCAAUGGCCGAGUCUGACCCCGCGUACGCUACCAUCGACAGCCACCGGAAACGUGAGCAGGGGGGAACCAAUAACGGCACACCAGGGGGCAGUGCCACUCUGAAGAGAAAGAAGCAGGUGCCGCCACCGCCGCCUCCGCCACUGCCGCCGCAGCUGCCGCAGCUACAACAACAACAGCAACAACAACAACAGCAACAACAACAACAACAACAGCAGCAGCCGCAACAACAGGCAGCAUCAGCGGCACCUCAGGGCUCAGGACCCACCGCCCCGCCUGCUAGAGGCCUGCCUGGUGGGGAAAACUUCUAUGAGAGCAUCAGUGAUGUGAAACAAGGGGGCAACAGCGCCAGCACCACCACCAUCUUCACCUUCAAUGAUGGGAUGGAGAUGUACGUCACUGGCCUGUAGCUGGCCGACAGUCAGAGGGGCCCCAGAACCCUAUGGUGAUGAGUCGGGAACGGGACCCUGUUCACCUGCCAGCAGGUUACUGUACAUAGAAACAAAGUCCUCUAUAGACAAACAACAUGAGGAUCCAUUUUUGUGUUGACAUCAGGUACAAACAGGGUCUUAAUCCAGGUUCAGACUUCCCUUGAUUGGUCUGCACUUCAGAACCAGCCUAAGCCUAGUCCAGCCCAAAUAUGGACCAAAUACAUUUGAACAACCAAGAAAAAAAACUAAGAAAAGAAAAAACUGGAAUUAACUGUACAACUUAGACCUACUGUCACUGACCAUACUCACCUGUCUGUGCAUCAUUUUCCAUAAUAUCUUUAUUUUUAUAAGAACACCGUACUCUUUAAAGAGUAUGUGAUGAAACUCACAACAUGAGAGAAAAAAAACCACUUAUAUAUAUAUAACUAAAGAAAUGUGCAUGCAUUGGGCAAACUCAAACACAACUGGACAUAAAGUGUAGUAGCAAGGAGCCUGGAUGUAUUAACAGUGUAAGGCACAAUGAUAGCCAUUGUCACCCAUAAUCACACACAACCACAAGUACACAAGCACACACACACACAGAGACACACACCCAUAGGCCUCAUCUUGGUGAGGCUUAUGUUAUAUAAGCAGAUGGAUGUUACAGAGAUUUGCUGUGCUUAGCUCUCACUAAGCAAACAUCUGAAACAGGUUCUCGGUGCACAGUGGCCUAUUGCCUGGCCGACUGCAUUGUGGUGCCUUGUUCAAACAUAGCCCACAUAAUUUGUAGUUCUCCUUAGACAAAGAGGCCAGUAAAGCCUUUUGUCACAGUUACACAGAUUACCUACAGCGUGCCCUACAUGUAUUAGCAUUUACCAAUAACAGCCCUUGUGAUAUAUAUGACAAGGGACUUCUUGCGCAAUAAAGUUAAUUAUGAGAUUAGUUAACAAUCGGUGCUCAGAUUUGACAAACAUCUGUAGCCAGAGGCAUGAUGACACACCUCAGCACACCCCCACAUGGACACACUCAGACUUGGCGGAGUCAUGCAGGGUAAAGUGAUCAGGUCAGGGGCAUCGAGUGGGUGACAGAUUUCACAAUGUGAGAUGUUUACUGUAUUACUGGGAUCAACUGAGAGAAGAAUAUUAAGAGCUACAAAAUAAUAAGGAAGUGAAGUGUCCAAAAUAGCACAGGAUGUUUCAUGCCAUGCAGUAAAUAUGUCAUAACAUUUUGGCUUGGUUUCAGGACCAUUUUAAUUUUGCACUAGUCAGCUGCAGGACUGGUUUGCCUAAUCGUGCAUUAGUGUGCUUUAAAGGGUGUUUCCAAAACGCCGUCCUGAUUCUCUCCCAUGGUCUCAAGACAGAACCAGAGUGGCCCUGCAGCUCACCAGACUUAAGUCUGAUGGUUGAAACAGCAACAGAAGCCUCAGGCUCCAAGAAAAUAAAGAGCUGGCCACGAAAUUGCCAGCGAGUGUCCUUUGGAAGGUUGCCCCUCGCCCUCAUCCCCCACCCUCGUCUCCAGCCUCUGAGUUCUCUCCCAUUGUAAACACUGUCUUUCCCAUGUAGAUUUGGGGAUCAUUAAAACAGCGGAAGAAAACAAAACAUAAGAGCCUUAAUAAAUGGGCAUAAAAAUAAAGAGUUGGAGAGGGAUACAAACUGCUCACAGGCUGAGAGACGGAGGCCGCGUUGGAAUGAGCUCCCUGAGACAAACAUCAGAAAACAAAGAAAAAACGGGUUUUAAAAUGUUAGUAACAUACGCUCACAAAUGCUACUGCGUCUGAAAGUAUGUAAAAAUAAUUGCACUCUGUAUUUUAUGCACUGUUUCUUUUUUUUCUUAACUACUGACAAUACCAUUGGUUAAAUAGCUCAUGCCACUGCCAUAAAAACAGUAUGUUUAUGUUGUUGGUGCAAUUUUUUCUGCUUGAUCAAAAAAGUGCAUGCUUUGAUAUAUGGAGAUGAAAACAAAUAUUGUGGUACUUAAUUGACCUCUUGUUCGUUGAACUUUUCUGUUGUACUUUUUGCUGCGUGAUGCAAAGCAGCAUUCUACUUUCUCUUUUUUUCAAAGCAACGACUCGGAGGAAGAGAGAAGAGAACGAGAGAGAGAGAGA